AUGUCGUUCUUGUUUGGCAGAGCCCGGACACGCACAGUCGCUGAUCUGCCCAAGCAAGCCCGCGAACAUGUCUUGAAGCUUGAGGGACCGCAAGGUCCGUCCAAGGCCGAAGAGCUUGCCCGAGUUCUGAGCCAAAUGAAGACCAUCCUUCAAGGCACUCCUGAGGCCGAUACAUCCCCAGAACAAAUCCUGCAGCUCGUAACUGGACUCAUCGACGAAGACCUCCUCCAUCUUCUCGCGGUCAACCUCUUCCGCUUGCCAUUUGAGUCACGUAAAGAUACGCAGGUGAUCUUCUCCUACGUCUUCCGUUUCCGCCCCGCCACCGCCGCCCCAAAAAGCGAUCCUCUUGCACUGUCGUACGUUGUGUGCAAUCGCCCCCAGGUCCUGGUCGAGCUAUGUCGCGGCUACGAUCACAAGGAGAGUGCUACACCAGCUGGUUCUGUACUGCGAGAGCUGCUAAAGAACGAGGCGGCAGCUGCCAUCAUUCUCUAUGACGACGGAGACGAGCCUGGUUCAAGUUCCAAGGGACUUAACGCCAUUGACCGUGACCGGCCCCAAAGUGGCAGAGGCGUGUUUUGGAGAUUCUUCGACUGGGUAGAUAAGAGCUCCUUCGAGGUGGCAGCCGAUGCUUUUACUACGUUCCGGGAACUCCUAACGCGCCACAAGGAUCUCGUACCAAGGUACUUAUCUGCGAACUUUGAACUUUUCUUCGACAAAUACAACAAUAUCCUGGUCCAGUCAAACAGCUACGUGACCAAACGUCAAUCAAUUAAGCUCCUAGGUGAGAUCCUGCUGGAUCGCUCCAACUAUAGCGUAAUGACUGCUUAUGUUGACCGUGGCGAGCACCUCAAAAUAUGCAUGAACCUCCUGCGCGAUGAUAGGAAAAUGGUCCAGUACGAAGGGUUCCACGUAUUCAAGGUCUUUGUUGCCAACCCGCACAAGUCCAUUGCUGUCCAGAAGAUUCUUCUCAUGAACCGCGAUAAGCUUCUUACUUUCCUUUCCCACUUUCUCGAGGAUCGAACAGACGACGAACAAUUCAUCGACGAGAGAGAAUUCCUGAUCAAGCAGAUUCGCAACAUGCCGGCCGUUCCUGUUCCUCCUCAGCGGUAA